UGUUAGCUGCUACCUUAGCUUAGCUUAGCUGUUCCAGGCGGGGCAGUGGGUCAGGCCGGAUCUCUGUCGCCUUUUCUUUCUUCAAUAUUUGGCUGACCCAUGUUCAAUCUAUCAAAUAUGGAUUUCGACGCUCUAUUCAACGAGAAGACAUUCGAGUUUUCGGACUUCCAGGAGUUUACGUUGCUUCCUGGACACCAGAAGUUAACUGAAAGAGUGAGAAAGCGACUUUAUUACGGCCUGGACAAAGACGUCUCCUUAGAUGCCCUCUCUUGCCCUGUUACAGAUAUUGCCGUCGAAAUCCUCCAGAAAUCUGCCCCAAGCCCGAUCAGAAAGCUCCACAAGAAAUACGCUUCACACGUUGUCAGGGAGGCCUGCAUCUCUCCAUGUGCCAUGAUGUUGGCUCUAGUUUACAUAGAAAGGCUCCGACACAGAAACCCAGAAUACCUUCAAAAGAUCUCCUCCUCUGACCUUUUCCUCAUCUCCAUGAUGGUUGCCAGCAAGUACUUGUAUGACGAAGGCGAGGAGGAGGAAGUUUUCAAUGAUGAGUGGGGAACAGCGGGGAAGAUGGACGUCCAAACUGUCAACAACCUGGAGAUGAACUUCUUAAAUGCCAUUGAGUGGAGACUUUUCACAGAGCCACGUGACUUCUUUGACACACUGAGUCAUCUUGAAACCAGCAUCGCGGAGCGUCAGGGGAUGAAGCGCGGCUGGUUCACCUACACUGACCUGUGUGUUCUGCUGGAACAGUCGGCGUGGAGUCAAGCUCUCACCAGCAUCUACCUGCACUUUACUAAGGUGUCCUGUAUGAUCGGCCUGGUCUAUCUGACCGGGGUGGCCGGUCUUAUUGGCAGCAGCACCGUGCUGCACCAGCUCAGUCUCUCCAGGAGCACUCACUCCUCACUUCAACCUCAAGCUGAGAACACGCCGGCCUACGUCCAGACCUCUGCUCUCAACCCAGACGCUCCCGCUGCAGCUCCCUGCUGUGUCCUCACCAACAAGACUCUGGACGCGUCCCACAAACCCAGUCCUCCAUCUGCUCUGGCGCAGACGUCCGUGUUAUGUCUCUGGGGCUCCCUCCUCGCUUCGAUGGGUCACAUACAUCCUGAGUCUGACGUGGAGACGCCUCACACCUGGUCUGCCGCGUCCUUCUUCUGUCCCGGCUGUCUGGCGACGCUCCCGCCUCUUCAGUGCGGGCUCAAAAACACCUCAGCACUCCCGGGUCGUUGUUCCCACGGCAGCCGGCAGCGUCCCGCUCCCUGGCUGGGAUCACCGAACCUUCUCGGAGCGGUGGAGCCGAGUGUGACCUCUGGUCUCGGUGUGUUUCCCACAGUGCGGCUGGGAUCCUGUCACCCGGCCUCUGUGCUUCCUGUGGAGAAAACCCGGGCUCUGCUCAUGCCCGGCUAGACACUGACGUCAGCCUAGAGUGAAGGACUCUGGAAAUCAAACCAGCACUGUUUUCAUGACUCAGCAACAGCGUUAAAGGGACAAUUAUAUGAAGAACUAGCCUGAGGCACAUACGGGACAGGAUUUAAGUCUGCGAUAUCUUUAGAAUAUCAUGCCGUUUGUUUUUCCUACUCUCCCACACCAAAUUCCAUAGAGAAAAUCAGUGAUUUUUGCUCCCAGGGACACAUGAGCUGCUGGUCUACUGCUGCCUCAUGUGGACACUUUUUAUCACUAAGCUUAAACCGAAUGAAGGUUUCCAAACAUCCAGUCACAAAGUAGACAUUUGACUUAAUAAUGGAGGCAGCAGUGGAUCAUCAACUCCUGUGUGCUGUGAUGUAAAAAUCGCUGGUUUUCUCUAUAGGGUUUGGUGUGGGAGAGUGAGCGCUUUAUAAACUUAAAUUUUCCAGGUAGAAAUUGCUUUUGAAUUCCAAGAUAAAGCAGCGAAACAUCUCCUGAAGAUAUAGCAGAGUCAAAUGUGUCUCAGGCUGGACUGAACUGUCCCCUUUUUUAAAGUCAUGUUAGUUUUACUUUUCCAGAUCUAGAAGACAGGUGUGAGGACACAAAGGUGAUCAGGUACAUUAUAGACACGGCGAGAGUCUGACAACACAGCACUGGAGGAAAAUUCCCCAUCGUUCGCUCAUUCACGAUGUUAUUUUUGCCAUAAUGAUGCCGCCAUAUCUUUUUAGUUAAAGCGCUUAGUGUCGGCUUCAGCCAUUUUACCGCCCUACUGUUUGCUGUAGUUUGAAGUUUGAGGCUCGUGUGAUGGCGACGGUGGAGGCUUUGUUUUGUUUUGAAUCGAUGGCGAGACAGAAAGUGACGUCACGAGGAACAAGGGA